AUCCUGUCCUCGUGCCAAACUUCCGCUCUCCUUCUUCCUGUGUAGAAGAGCAAUGGCGUCACCUGUUGAGGAAACUCACACGACUGCCCAUGACGAACAGACGGACUCCUUGGCUUCUCAAAAACGGGAGGCGAGGCUUCGUAAAUUUCGAGAGUUGCAUUUUAAACGGAACGAAGCCCGAAAACUGAACCACCAGGAGGUUGUGGAGGAGGAUAAGAGACUGAAACUGCCUUCCAACUGGGAGGCUAAAAAAGCCCGACUGGAAUGGGAGCUUUCUGAAGAUGAAAAGAAAAAGGAAUGUGCUGCCCGUGGAGAGGACUACAACAGAGUGAAACUGCUAGAAAUCACAGCUGAUGAUGCAGAGCGGUGGGAAAGAAAGAAGAAGAAGAAGAAUCCAGACACUGGAUUUGCAGGUUACGCCGAGGCCCAAUUCCGCCAGUACCAGAGACUCACAAAGCAGAUCAGACCAAACUUGGAAAGCUAUGAGAAGCUGAGGGAAGAAAGCGGUGAAGACUUCUACCCCACGUCAAAUAGCCUGAUCCACGGAACCCAUGUUCCCACAAAGGACGGCAUUGACCGCAUGGUGGAGGAUGUUGAGAAACAGAUUGAAAAGCGUGCUAAGUACAGCCGGCGCCGUGCCUACAACGACGACGCAGACAUCGACUAUAUUAAUGAGAGGAAUGCCAAAUUCAACAAGAAGGCCGAGCGUUUCUACGGCAAAUACACGGCAGAGAUCAAACAGAACUUGGAGAGAGGCACCGCCGUCUGAGAGGCUUCAGUCAAGUCCUUCACUCUUUGGUUUCCUUCAGGAGUGUUUUGUAAAUCAGUUUUUAUGUUACUCUGACAGAUAUCCCAGAAGUAUUCAUUUUCCCUUGUAUAACAUUGAAAGUUUAUGCAACAUUCGUUACCUUGUUUUGAAUUAAACCUUUCCAUCCCUACAUCCAGUUAUCUCAUGACAGCUGAUAUUUUGAACCUGGGCCUGAAUCCCCAUCAAACCUCCGGGCAUGUUCUUCAGAGCAUGUAAACCAAAAGAAUGCUUGAGUGUAGGGGAUCGAAGAGAUAAGAGUUAUCAGUGGAGUAAUUCAACUUAUCACCUCUAUCUCCCCUGAGGUUACAACAUGAGCAGCAAGGCCUUGUGACUGGAGAUGAGAAAAGCAAACAGCUUCACAUGCAAGUCUCUUCUCAGUCAAUGAAGAAUGUAGUGGAACAGCGCCCUCUGCAGGACACUGGGUAGUUUUCUUUUUUUCUUUAGUCUUGCAUGUUUUGGAUUAGAGAUUUAAAAGAUCUCAAUUUACAGUCGUUUUAAGUGUUUUCUGAUCCUUCCAAUGCAGAUACUCCCGAGCUAAAAAUGUAUUUGUUCAUCAUUCAGGGUUUAGAUUCACUGUGAAAGGAUUUUAAAAUGAAUAAAAACUCCACAGAAUC